AUGGCAGCCAGUGAUGUGGCUUUAGGAAUUAUUUUCUUGUCACAGACUGUGGUUGGAGCUCUGGGCAAUUCCUCUCUUCUCCUCCAUUACCUGGUCCAUUACCUCAUGGGGUUCAAGGUAAGACACACAGACUUGAUUCUUCAGCACUUGAUUGUGGCCAACUUAUUAGCUCUCCUGUGUAGAGGAGUUCCCCAGACAGUGGCAGCUUUUGGAGUGAAAGGUUUCCUCAGUGAUGUUGGAUGCCAGCUGCUUUUCUAUCUUCACAGGGUGGGCAGGGGUGUGUCCAUUGGCAGCACCUGCCUCCUGAGUGUCUUCCAGGCCAUCAAAAUUAGUCCUGAGGACUCCAGCUGUUCAGAGCUUAAAGUGAAAGCUCCUAAGUACAUUGGCUUCUCCAUAUACCUGAGCUGGAUUUUGUAUCUGCUUAUAAAUAUUAUUAUUAUUUUAUCUAUGACUGGAAAGAAGAGCAACAAUAAUGCCACAAACCUGAGAGAUCUUGGAUACUGUAUUUCUGUUGAUUCUGAAAUAAUCUUACAAUCUCUGUAUGUGACAUUGCUAACAUUCCCUGAUGCCCUGUGUGUGGGGCUCAUGCUCUGGGCCAGCAGCUCCAUGGUGCUCAUCCUGCACAGGCACAAGCAGAGAAUGCAGCAUGUUCACAAGACCAGCUCCUUCAGGUCCUCCCCUGAGUCCAGAGCCACUAAAACCAUCCUCCUACUGGUGAGCACCUUUGUAUUUUUUUACACACUUUCCUGCCUCUUUCAGAUUUGUGUGACUGUUAUUUAUAAUCCCCACUGGCUCUUGGUAAAGGUUGGUGCAAUGGUUGCUGUGUGUUUCCCAGCUCUCUGCCCCUUUCUGCUCAUAAGAAGAGACUCCAGUGCAUCCAGCCACAAUCUCUAUUGGACAAGGAAUAGGAAAAACCUUGAUGUCAGAAGGAACGUGUAA